AUGAUCACCAAGGGCGUCCCGUUGCGCGCAAACGGUCUCCAGUCCUUACAGGGCACGUCGGUGUGUGAUCUCAUCUCGCGCGCGAACCACUCGUGCCGACCGAAUGCCACACUCUGCCCUGAGGAGUCGGGCAUCAUCCGUUUGGUGGCCUCGACUUCCUUGAAGCCAGGCGAUGAGGUGCUCAUCUCCUACCUUUCGGGCGAGGACUUGUUGCGCCCCACCUGGGCACGGCAGCGGGAGCUGCAACGUGGGCCCUGGGGCUUCACCUGCGCCUGCACGCGCUGCGCCGCGCCCGACGACGCCCGCGGCAUGCGCUGCGCGCGCUGCGGAUCUGGUUGCCACUUCCCGCAUCCCGAUGGGCGCUGGACCAACUGCACUGCCUGCGGCUUGGCCGCCGGCGAAGGAGCGCGCUCCUUCGAGGAGGUAGAAGACGACUGGCAUCAAGCAGCCUGGCUCUGUUUGACGGCCUCUGAGAGCUUUCGCAAUUGGACCGCCUGA